GCGCUUUAAUUCUUGCGUAAAAUGACGAUUUAGCCACUCAGCGCAAUUCUUUUUUUGAGUUUGACCCAACUGACUCGCGAUUCUUAAGAAAUCUUUAUCAGUUUAAUUUAACAGCGCAUUUACUUGAAUCGAGCUCCUAACUCACCGAGUUAGGGUUUAUACUAAUCCCCUUCUCUUCUCAGAUCAUGGCAUACUCAGAAUCAGCAACAGCAGAACGGGAGCCGAUGCAGCUUAAUGCGUUUCCGAGGAAACCGAGGAUUUUACUUGCUGCUAGUGGAAGCGUAGCGGCUAUAAAGUUCGGAAAUCUUUGCCAUUGUUUUUCUGAAUGGGCGGAAGUAAGAGCCGUAGCUACAAAGGCGGCUUUACAUUUCAUUGAUAGAGCCUCCCUUCCUAAAGAUGUUGUUCUUUAUACCGAUGAGGAUGAAUGGUCCAGUUGGAAUAAAAUUGGAGAUAAUGUUCUUCAUAUUGAGCUGCGGCGGUGGGCUGAUAUCAUGGUCAUUGCUCCAUUAUCAGCAAACACUCUCGGCAAGAUUGCUGGCGGAUUAUGCGACAAUCUACUCACCUGCAUUAUCCGAGCAUGGGACUACAACAAACCUCUAUUUGUUGCACCAGCCAUGAAUACUUUCAUGUGGAAUAAUCCGUUCACAGAGAGGCAUCUAAUGUCAAUCGACGAACUCGGGAUUUCUCUAAUUCCACCAGUCACAAAAAGGCUGGCGUGUGGGGAUUACGGCAACGGGGCAAUGGCUGAACCCUCUCUAAUCUUCUCAACCAUAAGACUAUUCUUGGAGUCGCGCCCUCAGCUAGGCGAUGGAAGAGUCGGCUAGUUAAGGCACGGAGAAAUAACACCUUAUUACGAGCGUUGAACCUGCGUGUAAUUCUUCUUCUUUUGUAUGUAGUAACGUAGAAAAAAUGUGUAAUAGUUGAUCUAAAUGAAUUUCUUGAAUUGCAAUCUGGACAUUCCAUGUAGUUCUUAAAUAAUAUUUUAGCUCGAAAACUUGUCGAUA